AUGCCAACUAUGUCCAAAUCCAAGACGAGCCCGAUAUGGGCCACCAGGAGCGCUUCGAUCAAUCUGGCUCUGGUCUGUCACUCCUGGUAUUCCAUUGUCAAGCACGAACUCUACAAAAGCCUGGUCAUUGAGCCCAAGAAAACCAAAGUCAGGCCGUGUCACAUGGCGCUCAAAUCUGCCGUCAAUUGUCGCCGCCGGCAUGCAGCACAGGGUCAUACACCUUUGUCUCGCGAUGCUACCCUCAUCGACGUUAUCCGAGGGCUCGGCGUACACCAUCACAGACUCCCCAACCUAUGCUCAAUUCUUAUAAUGACAUGUGAUGGAUAUACAGAGUUCCCUCGGCUCAUCUCCACCUACUUGCUGCAGCUGUUCCCCCAUGUAUUCUCUGUCACUCCUAUCACGUCUGGCAGCCUAUCGACUGUGCCUGCCAACAUCUACUACAAUCUCAUCGUGAUGUUGGCUGCCUCUAUCAGCAAGAUCACGGUCGAUGGCUUCAUCCUUCGUAGUAUCCCACAUGUGCAUUUCCAGAACCUGACCAGUAUCCGCAUUAUAGACCCAUCAGAGGGCACGGCAUCCCGGAACUAUGCGCAUUGCAUUGGGUCGCUUGUUAUCCUCGAUGAUGCAAACAAGCUGCAGCGCCUCAACCCAAAGUUGGUCCGCAAUAUACGCGAGUUCUGCAUCAGCGAUUCGCAGAGAACUCAGAUCCCUGUACUCGACAAGAACGGCUUCUUUAUCAAGAUCUUUGAUAUCCCGGCCAAGCUGAACAAAGUCACGCUGUCUCUGCCACAAUCCGACUUCCCGCCCAUCAAGGACGCAAAAUGGCCAAUGCUUAGGAGUCUGCGCCUUGUAGCUCGCUCAAUUCCGCUGCAGAGCAUUGAGAUUCUCAUGACGCAGCUGCCCCGGAUGCACACGCUAGAUCUCUCCAUGUCCCACUCGGAUCAGCAAGCCAGUGAUGAGGUUGUGUGCAGCAGGAGGACCCCACUAAGCACAUCAGUUCUGGUAUUUGGUCUCAAAAUCGCAUUCCCGACACUGCGAGACAAGACCUGGCUACUGAUGGCAACCCGGCGGCUGCCAGAGCUUUACAAGCUAGUUCUGUCGGAGCGCUUUAAGGUGGACAAGGCAGCCUUGAGACGGGUGUACAAGAAUGGUCUAGCAUUUGUCUAGGCUUUAUGAUUUCUACCAUUUGUAGAUUUGUUCUAACUAUAGGCAGUUUAUCAUUUUUCUUUCAUUUUUCGCCUCCU